AUGAGCUCGUCCCUGCUCAUACCAUCACCUCCUUCACCACCUAUCUCAACAACGCUGAGUACUAACCCUUAUUUCGCUUCUACUCCUUUACCCCUUAAGUUAUGGCGUGGAUACAUUAGAUCGGAUGAUGGGUCUCAUUAUUAUAUACAUCCUGUGUCCUCAAAAAUUAUCCACAGAGUAAAAAGGGCCAUCUUAGAUAAAAUAUAUCGUUUAAAUACUUCAAAUAUAACACGCUCAUCUACAACUAGAAAAAGAAAUAUACACAAAAAAGUUCAUGAUCCAAAUAAUAAAAAUAAACUACCACAUGACGAAAAUGAUAUGAUUUGCCCGCUAGAUCAUUUACAUGAAAGCUACAAACACAUCAUAGACCCACUAUCGUUUUAUAAGAAAAUCCCAUUUGAAAAUAAUUCAAAUAAUAUAAAUAAGAGAAACAAACGUGCUCCUAAAAAUAUAAAUUCUGAUGCCACUGUUGAAAUAGGAUUAUUUUAUGAUGAAGACCUUUAUAUGCAAACUCACUUGGCCGAAAAUAGGGAAGAAAAAAUAAUGGACUACGUUUUAAACAUCAUGAAUGCAGACUCUUUAAAGACAAAAGAUGCCACUGCCUUGUUAGACGCUUUUAGAGAAUUUCAAAUGGAUAGUAAUCCAGUACAUGAAUUUGGCAGUAGUAAAAAUUGGGACAAUGCUAUCCUUUUGACGGGAAUGAAUAUGUAUCAAAAUAUUUAUGCAAAUGGACAAUUGAAAAAAGUUCAAUCUAUUGCAGGUCUAGCAGGAAUAGGAACUAUGUGCCAUAAUAAAUUUUCGGCUAGUAUUAUUGAAGCUAAAGGAUACCGAAGCGCUUACAGCAUAGCUCAUGAAAUGGGACAUAAUUUUGGCAUGGUACACGAUGGAGUUAGUUACGCUAGUCGUUGUGAAAAUGAAGGAUUUAUUAUGUCACCACACACUGGAAUGGGAACAAAUAAAUGGUCUGAAUGCAGUAGGGAAAUAAUAAGUGAUACUUUGAAAUAUUUUACAUGUUUGUAUGAAACAUCGGAAACACCAUGGAAAUUAAGUUUUCCUGUGCAAAAUGUUCUGCCUGGCCAGCGAAUAAGCGCUGACCAACAAUGUGAAGCUUUUGUAGGAAAAGGUUCCAAAAGAUUUAAAGGGACUCAAAUUGAAACUAUAUGUUAUUAUUUGUGGUGUACUCAACCUAACAACGAUUAUUUUGCAUAUGGUACUCAUCCAGCGCUGGACGGAACAUAUUGUGGUUGGAACAAAUGGUGCAGUGGAGGAACUUGUCAAAGUUGGCCAUAUAAUCAUGGUUCUGAAACAAUAAAUGGCGGGUGGACAGAAUGGAACGCAGAUAGUGGUUGUACAUAUAAUUGUAUGAUUGAUGGAUCAGGGGUUUAUUUAUGGACAAGAAAGUGUGAAAACCCCUUUGCCCUAAAUGGUGGUGAUGAUUGCUUUGGCGAAAAAAAUUCUUAUGAACUAUGUGAUCCAGAUAUCUCUAUAAUUGAGAGAUGUGAAAAAGUUACCGUACAGCAAUAUAUAGAUGAUACAUGCAGAAAAAAAAGUACGAAUAAUACUCCAUAUGUUGGAGGAUCCCAAUAUGCACAUAAUAUUAAAGUUCCUACACACGCGUGCCAUGUAUAUUGUCAAAGAGCAGAUACAGGAGAAUUCGUACCAUCAGGCUUACUACCAGAUGGAUCGUUAUGCCAUAUAGAUGACGAAGGAACUAAUUAUUAUUGUGUUUAUGGUUUGUGCAAUAAACCUAUUAUUGGAGCCAAUGAACUUCCAUAUUGAAAACAAAUACAUCAAUCACAAUUAUACCUUGAG